UGUACCUCCUCUGGGGCCAGGCAGGAGAGCUGGGUUUAUAGCAGCAGCCACUGCUGGGUGCUCUGGAGCCGGAGAGUCCCUGGGCAGCAUGCUGUGUGCCCUGCUCCUCCUUCCCAGCCUCCUGGGGGCCACCAGGGCCAGCCCCACCUCAGGCCCCCAGGAGUGUGCAAAGGGCUCCACGGUGUGGUGCCAGGAUCUGCAGGCGGCUGCCAGGUGCGGGGCCGUGGGGUACUGCCAAGGGGCCGUAUGGAACAAACCGACCGUGAAGUCUCUGCCCUGCGACGUAUGCCGGGACAUAGCAGCUGCCGCUGGCAACGGGCUGAACCCGGACGCCACGGAAUCUGACAUCCUGGCUCUGGUGAUGAAGACCUGUGAGUGGCUCCCCAGCCAGGAGUCUUCAGCUGGAUGCAAAUGGAUGGUGGAUGCCCACAGUUCAGCCAUCCUGAGCAUGCUCCACGGGGACCCAGACAGCGCCCCGGCACAGGUGUGCACAGCGCUCAGCCUCUGUGAGCCGCUGCAGAGGCACCUGGCCACCCUGGGGCCACUCUCCAAAGGGGACACCUCUGAGGCUGUGGCUCCAUUCAUGGCCAAUGGACCCCUUAGGUUCCACCCUCCCCAGGUGCCUGAAGGAGCUCUGUGCCAAGACUGUGUACGGCAGGUCUACCGACUCCAGGAGGCUGUCCGGUCCAACCUGACCUUGGCAGACUUGAACAUCCAGGAGCAGUGUGAGUCCUUGGGGCCUGGCCUGGCUGUCCUCUGCAAGAACUACCUCCGUCAGUUUUUUGUCCCUGCUGAGCAAGCACUGAGCCUUCUCCCCGCGCAGGAGCUCUGCAGGAAGGGAGGAUUCUGUGAGGAGCUAGGGGCACCUGCUCGCUUGACUCAAGUAGUGGCCAUGGAUGGAGUCCCCUCCCUGGAGCUGGGGUUGCCAAGGAAACAGAGUGAGAUGCAGAUGAAGGCCGGCGUGACCUGUGAGGUGUGCAUGAGCGUGGUGCAGAAGCUGGAUCACUGGCUCAUGUCCAACAGCUCUGAGCUCAUGAUCACCCAUGCCCUGGAGCGCGUGUGCUCGGUAAUGCCUGCCUCUAUCAGGAAGGAGUGCAUCAUCUUGGUGGACACCUACAGCCCCUCCUUGGUGCAGCUUGUGGCCAAAAUCACCCCAGAUAAGGUGUGCAAGUUCAUCCGUCUGUGUGGCAACCGGAGGCGGUCCCGGGCACUCCCUGACGCCUAUGCAGUCGCGCCAUCCCCAGAGUGGGACACGGAGAACCAGGGCAGCUUCUGCAAUGGUUGCAAGAGGCUGCUCAUGGUGUCCUCCCACAACCUGGAGAGCAAGAGCACCAAGCGAGACAUCCUGAUGGGCUUCAAGGGUGCCUGCAGCAUCCUGCCGCUGCCCUAUAUGAUCCAGUGCAAGCACUUCGUCACCCAGUAUGAGCCUGUGCUCAUUGACAGUCUCAAGGACAUGGUGGACCCUGUGGCUGUGUGCAAGAAGGUGGGGGCCUGCCAUGGCCCCAGGACCCCACUGCUGGGCACUGACCAGUGUGCCCUGGGCCCAAGCUUCUGGUGCAGGAGCCAGGAGGCCGCCAAGUUGUGCAACACUGUGCAACACUGCCAGAAGCACGUAUGGAAAGAGACGCCCCUCCACGCCGGGGAACACGCAUGACCGUGGCCUCCAGAGACCCAGAGCCUGCUAGCCAGCCCCAUGAGGUGGGUGCUUUCCCAUCCCCAUCUCACAAAUGAAAAACUGAGGCUCUGAGGAGGAAGGCUGGGAAGGAGCAGAGUUGAAGUUCAAAGCCAGGUAUUCCUGACCCCGAAGGCCUCUCUCUUUAACAACUGUGCUGCCUCGAAAGCAUCUUUACUGGACCGGAGCAAACUCAUGUGCCCUGUUCCUCGACCCAGUCAAGGCUGCCCCUUCAUCUCCAAGGCUGUGAUGUUGCCGGUGGUUCCAUGAGAGCCUGCCCAUGGCCUCGGGUGCCCCUUUACCUUCUGCUGGAUGGACGUCCGGCUGUGAGCCAGGCUGGGGUCAUGGCCGGGGUGAGCAGAGGCAGAGGCAGAUGGAGGCAUGGAGGGCCCGUCACUAGUGGGGUCGUUACCUCUUGUCAACAGCUGGGGGUGGCUGAGGCCAGAGCUUCUCAACCUGGAGUCCCUGGGGAUGGCUGCCAAAGGUGUGUGUGAGAGACACCUGUCCCUGGACUUUUCCUGGGGGAGGUCUGGGACUUUGGCCACGUUCUCCAAGGGCUGCUGGGCUUCGGAGCAGUCUUCCCCAUGUCUCGGCCACCACAGGGCCCCUCUCUCUCCUUGUACCCCAGACCCUCCACUGCCCUGGUAAUGCGCAGAAGGAAAGUCUUGGGGUGUGCUCAAAAUCAGGAGAGCAAAACAUGCCAGGCAAAAGCCCCCAGGAAAAGCCGGAGGAGUCUGGGUUGACCACCGGGGUGUGGGGCAGCAAGGGCAAAGACAGUGAUCACGGCCCGCCAGCUGUCUGAGCCUCAGUUUUCUAAUCUGUAGAAUGGGAAUGAUCAUACCUGCCUCACAAGAAUGUUGAGACAAUUCACAGAAAUGUUCUGGAGCCCCUUCCCCCCGUGACCGGCAUUCAUGAGUCUGCUGGGACCAGAAAACCCAUCUCAGGGGGCCAGCGGGGCACCCAGGAGAAUCUGGCUGUGCAAGUGCUGUAUAAACCACAAGCGUUCUCCAAAUGCUGUGUGCCGCGUUUUUAUUCUCAGGGAAGGCGCAGGUCCCAGAGCUGCUACAACAGCCCCCACUUUGCCCUGGUGCCUCCACCUCACCCUGGUGCCGCCUCUGGCAGAAAGCCUCUGGAGGCUUCCAGCUGGGUUCAAGUGCUCCUGUGGUUUCUGCUCCUGCUGUGUGGCCCCCCUAAGACACCGUGCCCCCUCCAGGGGAGUCCCUGGGCAUGAGCCUGCCGUGUCCUUGCAGCUGGCCCGGCACCCACGCACAGCAGGUGCUCACACAUCUGGGAGCCGCACACAUGAGUCCCGGGGGAGGAGGCUGGCAUUUCACCUGAGGCCCAUGGAUUAAUUCUCCUCUUGAGCAAGAGGUACGCCAGGCCUGGAUGGACAGGAUGUGAGCGGGUACUGUUUUCCAAGAGGCUACACCCGAGCUCUUAAGUAAACGUCCCAGGCCUGGGCCACCGCCCCAGGAACACAGGCACACCUGGCCUGAGAUUCUGGAUGCCUCAAAAGCGGCCUCUGUCGGCUAAGCAGGCCUGGGCCCACUGGGCAGUCCCACAGAAGAUGAGGCCAGCUAGGGGUGGCGGUCAUGCCUGGCCACCGGAUGGGCCAUGGGAAGGCAGAUGUGCACCGGACUCCAAAACAGAGGGCCUGAAGUUGUGGGCCUCAGUAUCUGCCUCUUCCCCUGAGACCAUCCACCCUCUCCAGGAGCAGUCCCAGAAGCUCUUGGUCUGUCUGCUGGUCGGUGUCCCAGCCGGACACACCCUCUGGGACAGGAUGGAGCCACAGGCCCUCCUCUGGCUUGGCUGUGAGUUGGGAGGAUGUGUGCGACAUGACCUGAAAUCCCCCAACAGGUCACCUGGGAGAGGCCGGGAGAGGGCAAGUGCUACACCUGCCAGGCGGCCCAGCUCAGCACACCUGCCCCCACCCCAGAGCUACCUACGGCGGGUGGUCAGGGUGAGCUGUCUCCACGCCCUCUUCCCCACCCACCCCCCAGGCCUGGGUACCAGCUCCUCCCACAGACCCACUGACCAAACGCGUCCCCACUAGAUGGCUGCCCAUGAUGAACCGAGCUCACUGGCCAUGACCCCACAGACCCAGCUGCACACCCAGGUCAUGAGCAUGGCCCUGCCCCAGCCCCACAGGGGCCCUCUGACCCCUCCACUCACUCAUCCGCCACCAAAGUGGCAGGGUCCCAGUCACCUCCAUCCCUUGUGCCCGGCACCAAGCCCAGAACACAGGAGGUGCUCUGCAAGGGUCUGCGCGGGGUGGCUGCCUUGGGGGCUAAAGGCAGAGAGGCAAGAGGAGCAAGGGACGGGCCCGCUGGUGCUGACGGCAGCACCGCCAUUCAGCACUGAGACUGAGGCUUAAUCAGUCCAUCCAAAUGACUCCAUAGCCACUGCGUUCAGACUGGAAAAGGCUUUUCAGGAGAAGGCCCUAUAACUGCCCGGCUGUGGGAGAGGAGAUGCCAGCCCAGGAGAGGAGCAGCUAGCCCUACUGGGCCUAGCAGUUUGGAAGACCCAUCCCAACAAGGAUGGGAAAUCAAGACACAUGUUGAGCAUGGAUCUCCCAGAGGCGGUGACUGCACCACUCAGAGGAGCGUCUCUGCCUGGGAGGAGGGAGAGGGCUCCCGCCGGGCUGCCAGAGCUGGGCAGGUACCCGCGCCUUCAGCCAGACACAUGCCAGGCAUUCUUCAGAUGCUGUCAUGAGGCAGAGACCUGGGACGCCCCAGAACACCUACAGAUGCUGCCCCUCGUGCUUUCUCAGCCACACCAGGGUGCAGAGGGGCUGGGGCAGCCGGGAAAAGGGUUUGGUGGUCCGGAGGAGUUUGUUUUGUUUUUGGCUUGGGGCUUUUCUUAGAAGUGAUGAUGUGUUGCUAGAAACUUCAAACCAGAAACAAAUACACCCAA